UUUUGAGGUCUGCCCAUCACAGCUGCUGUCUUUGCAGGAGCAGCCACACAGAGCCCCUCUCCACUCCUCUUCUGUCUCCUUCACUGUUGCUGUCGUUAUAUCUCCUAAGAAUGGAGAGCUGUAGCCAACUUGCAGAAGUACAGGCCCCUAACAGCGUCCCCAUGGCGGAUGUCACCCCAGACCUCACUGAGGACCUGAGUAAGCAAUUAGAAGACAUCAUCAGUACCUAUCAGGAAGCUGAGAAGCCAGCAGAGUCUGAGGAGCUGGAGGAAGAGGCCCUCACAGACUUAAAAGAGUCUGGCAAGGCCAAAGAUCAGAAGCUAGAAAAGAAAAUGCUCAAAAGCCUCGGCAAGGAAGCCAUGCUCCUUAUGCAAAGCCUGAACAAGCUUGGUACUCCAGAACAGAAACUGGAAGCCCUCAUCAAGAAGCAUGCUGAGUUGCUGGAAGAACAUCGCUCAGAGCAGAAGCAGUUGAAAAUGCUACAGAAGAAAUUGCUGCAGGUGAUGAAGGAGAAAGACCAGCUGCAGAGUGAACACAGCAGAGCAGUAUUGGCCCGCAGCAAACUCGAGGGGCUCUGCAGGGAGCUGCAGAGACACAACAAGACUCUCAAGGAGGAGACACUUCAACGAUGCCGUGAAGAUGACCUGAAGAGGAAGGAGAUCACCACUCAUUUCCAGAACACUCUUACAGACAUUCAGGCCCAGAUUGAAGAGCACAGCAAUCGUAACAACAAGCUAUGCCAGGAGAACAGUGACCUAGCUGAGAAACUCAAGGGCCUCAUUGCUAAAUAUGACCAGCGAGAGGCGAAUCUUGAAAAGGUGUUCAAGCACAGAGACUUACAGCAGAAGUUGCUGGAGACAAAACUUGCUCAGGCAAAUGCAAUGCUGAAAGAUGCUGAAGAGAAGCACAAGCUGGAGAGAGCACAUCUACUGAAACAAGCUGCUGAGGCUAAACUACAAGUGACGCUUAUGAAAGAGCAAGAAAAUGACAUGAAGACCCAGCUUGCACUGUAUUCUGAGAAGUUUGAUGAAUUCAAAGGAACUGUGUCACAGAGCAGUGGUGUGUAUGCCAGCUUCAAGCAAGACAUAGAAAAAAUGUCAAAGAAGAUGAAGAAGCUUGAGAAGGAGGCCAACGCAUGGAAAUCACGCUUUGAAGGCUGCAAUAAAGCUCUUGUUGAAAUGGUUGCAGAUAAAGUGCUGAAAGAGAAAGAGUUUGAGCUUUUUACUUUGAAGACCCAAAAACUGGAGAAGCUCUGCAGGGCACUGCAGGAUGAGAGAAAGAGCCUCUAUGAGAAGCUACAGGAGAACCGGCUGCCUGAAGUUGAUGCUGACAACCUGGAAACCCAGGAGCACGGAGGUGAGAAAGACAUCCUGGAGACCCAACAGCCUAGUGGCCAGGCAAGCGGCCUGGAGACCCAACAACCUGAAGCUGCAGAAGACACAGAAACCAAAGAAGAGGUAGCAGAGAAAACAAAAACAAACCCUCAGGAACCGAGGACCUCUGAAGAAACACUUAAUGAGCCCACUACUGCUACAUCACUUCUUACUAAAGAGCUAGGUAAUCUGAAGGCUGAAAAGGCCAGACUUCAAGAGGUAGCGGCAAGUUUUAAAAUCUCGCACAUCCCUGCGCAGGCUGUUCUCUCUGGAGAGGCCAGCAAGCUUUCAGAACACUCAGAGAGCACAGACUCUGUACAGGAGACCCAAGACCUUAUAGAGGCCAGUACUGAUCUGGAGUUUUAUCUCAAUCAAGAGAUCCCCUCCACAGAAACAUGGUCCGAUGAAAAUCAAGAGAUCAGAAACAAAGAAAUGGAGACAGUUGACUGAAAAUAUUGUAUACCAAUAAAUUGUUAUACAAUUUUUCAUAAAAUUUGUUUUACACAACAUGUUGAACAUGUCACAAUUUAACAAAUAAACAUGAUGUCCAAGUUGCUUCA